AUGAAGCUUGAGGACUACUUUAGGUACUCAGAUCAGGCUCGGGAGGAAAGGCCAUUGUAUUUGUUUGACCCAAAAUUUGCAGAAAAAGUUCCAAAGUUGGGUUUGGAAUAUGAAGUUCCAGUGUACUUUCAAGAGGAUUUGUUUAGUGUUUUGGGCCAUGAGAGGCCAGAUUAUAGGUGGAUUAUAAUUGGACUGGCUGGGUCUGGUUCAUCGUUCCACAUUGACCCUAACUCAACGUCAGCCUGGGAUGCAGUGAUCAAGGGGUCCAAGAAGUGGGUCUUGUUUCCUCCUGAUCUAAUUCCCCCAGGGGUGCAUCCAAGCCCGGAUGGUGCAGAGGUGGCAUGUCCUGUUUCAAUCAUUGAGUGGUUCAUGAACUUCUAUAUAACAACUAAAACUUGGAAAAAGAAACCUAUUGAGUGCAUCUGUAAGGCUGGAGAGGUGAUCUUUGUGCCUAAUGGAUGGUGGCAUUUGGUGAUCAACCUGGAGGAAUCCAUUGCCAUUACACAGAAUUAUGCUAGCAGGAGAAAUUUGUUGAAUGUUAUGAAUUUUCUUAUAAAUGCAUUUCUUUUUAUAAUUUGUUUCUGUUUUAAUGCAUCGGAUAAACAUGGGAAAAAAAAAUUCAUUUCACAUAUCAAUAAUAAUGAAGGAUAUUAUGUGCUACUCUCAAAACAUAUAUGCACCAGAAGUGGGAAAAUUUCGUAA